GGUUAUAGUGCAGGAUCCAGGUUUGUCGGAGGAGCACUCAGUCCUGAGGCAGAGGAGAGGGAGGGAGAUGCUGUGGUUUCUGGUGCUGAUCUGUGUGCUCUGCAUGGGAGGACACACUGCAGCAGGACAAAGAGAUGGAGAAAUCAUCAGUCAGAUUAAAAUGACGAACAUGGCCCUGGCUGAGAUAAAAGAGCUUCUGUCCCAACAAAUAAAAGAGAUUGUGUUUCUGAAGAACUCAGUGAUGGAGUGUGAAGCUUGCGGUAUGGGAGGAAUCCAGCCCCGUCCCUCCUGUGUGCCCAACCCCUGCCACCCGGGGGUGAAGUGCAAGGAGACGCCUCAGGGUGUAAAGUGUGGGCUUUGCCCUGAGGGCAUGGAGGGCGACGGCACACACUGCACCGAUGUGGACGAGUGUACAGUGACGCCGUGUCACAUGGGCGUGCGUUGCAUUAACACCUCCCCGGGUUUCCGCUGUGGAUCCUGUCCUGCCGGAUACAUGGGCCCUCAGGUGCAGGGCUUCGGCCUCGCUUACGCCACCGCCAACAAACAGGUGUGCAAAGACAUCAAUGAGUGUGAAGGCCUCAACAAUGGAGGCUGUGUGGAGAACUCGGUCUGUAUGAACACCCCUGGCUCUUUCAGGUGCGGCCCCUGUAAGACGGGCUACGUUGGGGACCAGCGGCGCGGCUGUAAGCCGGAAAGGGCCUGCGGGAAUGGCCAGCCGAACCCCUGCCACGCCAGCGCUGAGUGCAUCGUCCAUCGAGAGGGUCGAAUCGAGUGUCAGUGUGGAGUCGGAUGGGCUGGCAACGGCUACCUGUGCGGUGCGGACAUUGACAUUGAUGGCUUCCCUGACGAGAAACUGUCCUGUCCUGAGAGGAGCUGUAACAAGGAUAAUUGUCUCACUGUUCCCAACUCUGGUCAAGAAGAUGCCGAUGGUGACGGAAUGGGAGACGCCUGUGAUGAGGAUGCAGAUGGGGACGGGAUCCUCAACAUGCAGGAUAACUGCGUGUUGGUGCCGAAUGUGGACCAGAGGAACAUAGAUGAGGACGACUUUGGCGACGCUUGCGACAACUGUCGCGCCGUCAAAAACAACGACCAAAAAGACACCGACGUGGACCAAUUCGGUGAUGAGUGUGAUGAAGAUCUUGAUGGGGAUGGAAUCCCAAAUCAACUGGAUAACUGCAAAAGGGUUCCCAACGCUGACCAGAAAGAUCGAGAUGGGGACAAAGUGGGAGACGCCUGCGACAGCUGCCCUUAUGUUCCAAACCCUGACCAGACGGACGUGGACAACGACUUGAUUGGCGACCCCUGUGACACCAACAAGGACAGUGACGGCGACGGCCACCAAGACUCCCGGGACAACUGCCCAGCCGUCAUCAACAGCUCCCAGCUGGACACCGACAAGGACGGCAAGGGAGACGAGUGUGACGAGGACGACGACGAUGACGGCGUCCCGGACCUGCUCCCCCCCGGCCCCGACAACUGCCGCCUGAUCCCCAACCCUCUGCAGGAAGACUCCAAUGGUGACGGUGUGGGAGACAUCUGCGAAAAGGACUUCGACAACGACACCAUCAUCGACACCAUCGACGUUUGCCCGGAGAACGCCGAAGUCACCCUCACCGACUUCAGGGAGUACCAGACUGUUGUUUUAGACCCGGAGGGAGACGCGCAGAUCGACCCCAACUGGGUGGUGCUGAACCAGGGAAGAGAGAUCGUCCAGACCAUGAACAGUGAUCCCGGGUUGGCUGUUGGGUACACGGCCUUCAGUGGUGUGGAUUUCGAAGGGACAUUUCACGUGAACACGGAAACGGACGACGACUACGCAGGGUUCAUCUUCGGGUACCAAGACAGCUCCAGCUUCUACGUGGUGAUGUGGAAGCAGGUGGAGCAGGUCUACUGGCGGCCGAACCCGCUCAGAGCCGUGGCAGAACCAGGCAUCCAACUGAAGGCCGUGAAGUCAGACACGGGACCCGGGGAAAACUUGAGGAACGCCCUGUGGCACACCGGCGACACCAGUGAGCAGGUCAAACUGCUGUGGAAAGAUGCCCGCAAUGUUGGCUGGAAGGACAAGACCUCGUACCGCUGGUUCCUUCAACACCGACCUGCCGACGGCUACAUCAGGGUUCGCUUCUACGAGGGUCCCAAGAUGGUGGCGGACACGGGCGUCGUCAUAGACUCCACCAUGAGAGGAGGUCGACUGGGGGUCUUCUGUUUCUCCCAGGAGAACAUUAUCUGGGCCAACCUGCGUUAUCGCUGCAAUGACACUCUUCCUGAGGACUUUGACACCUACAGAGCCCAGCAGGUCCGACUGGCCACCUGAUGACAACAAACUAGCCACAGGAAUCCUGGGAAACCCUUUACAGCAGCACAAAUGGGAUCAAAUCAUCCCUUUUCAAACAUUUAUAAAAAGUUUAAAAAUAUGUCAGAGGCGGUGACAUAACGCACAAUUAUGUUAUUAAGCCGUUACAAAAAGUAACAGACAUUACUGUCAUUUUGAGAGAAAAUGUUGUCUAUUGUAUUUUCAAAUGCCAAUCUGUACUUUGA